AGGAAAUUGUGUCAUGUUUUUGGCAAUAUCAAAUGCAACGAAAUAACGGAAUCAAGCCACCCACCACACGCACGCAUCUGGAUUAUCGUAUCGGGGAAAUCUGUGGCAUUUUGAUUUUGAAAGAGAAUUACUGAAUUAAGUCUGCGAGCCUUCAGCCGAAAACUUUCCUUCAGAAGAAAAGAUGAGCGCUGCGUGGGAUGUUGUCGGCACUCCUCUUCACCGCCUCCACCUGCUGCACCAGGAGGCGCUGGAGGGCUACAGCCUGGAGGAGCGGGAGGAGAGCCUGUUCGGGGGCCGGAGCCCCCGGGAGGUGGUGCGGAGCGGGGCCUACGAGCCCCUGGAGGUGGAGGGGGGCGGGGAGAGCCUGCAGGCCGUGAUCAGGGCCGCCCUGACGCAGGGCCGGGGCCUGAGGGUGGAGGGCCCGGCCGGGGUGGGGAAGACCACGGCCGUGCAGAAGCUGGUGGGGGACUGGGCCUCGGGGGGGCGUCUGGCCCGGUUCGGGUUCCUGUUCCCGCUGGCGCCGGGGCGGCAGGGCUCCGGGGAGCGGUCCCUGGCUGACCUGCUAUCCCAUCAGCACCCUCACCUCCCCGCCGCCUCCCUGGAGCUGGUCCUGCAGAACCCCCACGGCCUCCUGUUCGUGCUGGACGGGCUGGAGCAGAACCAGAACCAACCGCCGUCUGGACCGCCCUGCAGGGACCCCCACCAGCCGGCCCCCCUCUCUGCGCUGGUCUGGGGGCUGAUUCGGGGCACCCUGCUGGCCGGGGCCUCUGUGUUGGUGACCGGCCGCCCGGCGGAGGCCCCGGGGCCUGAGGACGACGGCGCGCUCCAGCGCGUGGAGGUGCGGGGCCUCUCCCGCGGGGGCCGGGAGGCCUUCGUGCGCCGGUGCUUCCCGGAGGAGGACCGGGCCCGGGAGGCGCAGGGGCUCCUGGAGCAGAGCGCCGGGCUGUGGGAGCUGUGCCGGACCCCCGGGUUCUGCUGGAGCGCGUGCGGCGCCCUCCGGGCGGCGCGGGGAGCGGGGUGGGACCAGCCCAGAACCCUGACGGGAAUGUUCUGCCUCGCCACGGCGGUCCUGACCCGGGCCCUGGGGGAGGAGCCCGCGGGGGCGCUGCUCGCCGCGCUGGGCAAGAUGGCCGCCGCCGUGCUGCUGGACGGGGCGGAGCGCUUCUCCCGCGAGGAGCUGGAGGCCUUCGGGCUGUCACUGCCCCCGCCUGCCCCGCUGUGGGAGUUCCUGCGCCCUCACGGCCCCGCGGACACGCCCAGCCGCCUCUUCUCCUUCAGCUCGCCCGCGCUGCCGCACUUCCUCCUCGCCGUGGCCUACCACCGGGGCAGCUGGGAUAGGGCCGGCGUGGCGGGCCUCCUGGAGACGGUUGCCGCCGGCGGGGAGGCCGACCUCCUGGAGGCGUUCCUGGCGGGGCUGUGCGACCCGUCCCAGAGUGCAGCGCUGGAGGGCGCGGCGGGGGGGCUGCGGCGGGACCGCGCCCGGGCGGUCGGCGCCUGGCUGAGCGAGGCCACGCAGGACGCCCUGCAGUCCUACGACCAGCGACGCCACCUGCGCUGCUUCCGGCUGCUGCAGCACUGCCAGGACCCCGCCCUGGUGCUCGCGGCCGUCCAGCCGGCCGCCCGACUGGGCCGCAGCUACGGGGGCCUGGCCGAGCCUGACGCCGACGCCCUCGGCUACGUGGCCCAGUGCUGCGGGGGGCUGGAGCAGCUCAACCUGUACGCCAGCAAGACCCUCUCAGGGCCGCUGCUCACCCGCCUGGCGCCCGCCAUCCGCUCCGCCGGCAAGAUCAUUCUGACCCAGAGCAGGCUCAACCCUGAGUGCUACGCCCCCCUGACCGCUGGCCUUCGCUCCGGGGCUGUGCGAGAGCUGGACCUGUCCUACUGCAUCAUGGGAGAGCGGGGAGCCCAGAGUCUGUGCACAGGACUGGAGGGGAGCAGGGUGGAGAUCCUGAGGCUCCCGUGCUGUGGGCUGAAGGAGCAGGACUGUGGUGCCCUGGCCAGCGCCCUCAGCUCCUCACAGCUCCACCUGCUGGACCUGCGGGGGAAUGACAUCCAGGACGCUGGGCUGGCACAGCUCAGCCAGGCUCUGAGGAGCCCAGAGUGUCAGCUACAGGAGCUGGGGCUGGGGAUAUGUAAGCUCACAGGUUCCUCCAUGGAGGCCCUGUCCUGUGCUCUGCGCAGCGGGACUUCAGCGCUCCGGACCCUGGAGCUGCAGCAGAACCAGCUGGGAGACGCCGGGAUGGACUGGAUCAGCACCGCCCUGAGAGACACUCACUGCUGCCUGGAGAAGCUACUUGUGUGGGACUGUGGGCUGACGGAGGCGUGCUGUGGCAGUUUGGCGGACGCCCUGCGGACAGCAGGGGGCACUGUGACGGAGCUGGACCUGUCCGUCAACGAGCUGGGAGACGCCGGAGUCCUCCAGCUCACACACACCUUCAAAACAUCACACUGCGCCCCGAGGGUCCUCAGGCUGGCUCGGUGUGAGGUGGGCCAGCGGGUGUUUGCAGAGUUUGGGGCGGUGUUGCGGGUGCAGACCUCGCCCCUCAGAGAGCUGGACAUGGGGCUGCACCUCGUGGGAGACGCUGGGGCCACACCCCUCUGGGACGCGCUGCGGGACCCCGCCUGCAGCCUGGAGCACCUGGAUGUGGAGAUGGUGGGUCUGACGGACGGGUGUGUAGCUGAGCUGUGUGCGGCGGUCAGGUCCAGCUCGUCUCUGAAGAGCCUGGUUCUGAAGAAUAACCAGCUGACCGACGCCGCCGUGGCCCCCCUCAUCGCCAUGGCGAAGAGCAGCCGCACCCUGCGCGAGCUGAAUCUCCAGUAUAAUGACUUCAGUGAGGACGUGUUUGAGCUCAUGGACUCCUGUGGGAAGAUAAAGUACUGAGAGACUGACCUUUAACCUUUGACCUGCCCGAGAACCAACCACAGCUCUGCCCUUCCACACGUCGCUCCUGCUCUGGAGGAAACACCCAUCUAUCCCUGAACACAGCAUCAGGGGGAAAUAAGAAUAAAAAUGUGCUUCCAACCCAGUGA